UUUCCUCUGUUGGAAGCCAUGAUGGAAGUUUGAGAGUUCAGCUGGGAGAGAAUCGCAAAAAAAGAAGAUGAUUCCUUCGGACGAAGCCAUCAAACGCUCUCCCUUGAAACAAUAACCAAUAUAUUCUUUAUUUAAAAUUAAGGUGGAGCCUGUCACUUUCCCUCUGCAUUUGAUCCAGCUAAGGACUACGAUGAUCCGUCGAUAGGAGGAUUUUUUGGAUAAGAAAGGGGCUGCUAGCUAGCCGUUGUUGCUAGCUAGAAAUGCUAGCUAGCUAGCUAGCUACGUCGUGAGUUGCCUGGGAAAGGGUGUCUGAAUUUUCUCCGUUAGCAGCAAUGGAGAGGGUUCUCCACUCUCAGUGGACCUAAUCACGGCGGCUGUGGCGGACUCAAAGACUUUGGCCGUGUCUAAUGCGUUCCGAUCUAGCAUCUCGGUUAUUGGAUAUCCUCUCUAUUGGUGGGUUGCACGGCAAAUUCCAGGAUCGGGAAAGUCGGGCCUGCUGUGGUGGAGCCGAGCAAGGCCCGUCUUUAUUAUCCAGAGGCCAUUCUAAUCCUACUCACAACGACAACCACUGUGCUAACCCGUUAGCCCUGUCACCGUAAAGGAAGGCGCUGCAGAAACCAGGAGAAGCAAGGGUGAUCGCGGGACAAAGCCAUUGCAAGAGGAAGCAAACUCGCAUUUACGUAAUUGAUAGGAACUGAAAGACUUUGCAAUGGCUGCAAUAAUCAAGGAGAUUGUAAGUCGAAACAAGCGAAGGUAUCAAGAGGAUGGGUUCGAUUUGGACUUGACAUAUAUUUAUCCCAAUAUAAUUGCAAUGGGUUUUCCAGCUGAGAAGUUGGAAGGAGUCUACAGAAAUAAUAUAGAUGAUGUAGUCAGGUUUUUGGAUUCCAAACACAGAAACCAUUACAAAAUAUAUAAUCUAUGUGCAGAACGACACUAUGAUACUGCCAAAUUCAACUGCAGAGUUGCACAGUACCCUUUUGAAGACCACAACCCCCCUCAGCUGGAGCUGAUCAAGCCCUUCUGCGAGGACCUGGACCAGUGGCUGAGCGAGGACUCCAACCACGUGGCGGCCAUCCACUGCAAGGCGGGCAAGGGCCGCACGGGGGUGAUGAUCUGCGCCUACCUGCUACACCGCAGGAAGUUUGCCGAGGCCCAGGAGGCACUCGACUUCUACGGGGAGGUCAGGACCACAGACAAGAAGGGGGUGACGAUCCCUAGCCAGCGGCGGUACGUGUACUACUACAGCUACCUUCUGAAGAAGCAGCUGGAGUACCGGCCCGUCGCCCUGCUCUUUCACAAGAUGGUCUUCGAAACCGUGCCUAUGUUCGGUGGAGGAACCAGCAGGGAAACGGUAAAGACAAGAGAACCCAACUCGCAGGGCUUCAAGAAAGGGAACUGGCACUGGGAUCCCCAUUUCGUGGUGUACCAGUUGAAGGUCAAGAUCCACACCUCCAACCCGGCCCACACCCGGCGCGAGGAGAAGCACAUGUUCUUCGAGUUCCCCCAGCCGCUGCCCGUCUGCGGCGACAUCAAGGUGGAGUUCUUCCACAGGCAGAACAAGAUGCUCAAGAAGGACAAGAUGUUCCACUUCUGGGUCAAUACCUUCUUCAUCCCAGGGCCGGAGGGGCUUGAGGAGGGCCGGGUGGAGAACGGGACGCUGGUGAACGACGUUGGGGAGCUGCCUCCUCCCCCGGCGAGCCAGGGCGCCCCGGCGGAGCGAGGUGGCGGCGGAGGAGGAGGAGGUGGGGGUGGCGCGGCCGACGGGGAUCGGGACUACCUCAUCCUCGCCCUCUCCAAGAACGACCUGGACAAAGCCAACAAAGACAAAGCCAACAGAUACUUCUCUCCCAAUUUUAAGGUAAAGCUGUACUUCACGAGGACGGCGGAGGAGCCGCCCAACUCGGAGGGCAGCACCUCCACCUCGGUCACCCCGGACGUCAGCGACAACGAGCCGGAUCACUACCGCUAUUCCGACACCACUGACUCCGACCCGGAAAACGAGCCUUUCGACGAGGAGCAGCACACGCAGAUCACGAAAGUCUGAACUCAUAAACAAACUCAACAACAACAAACUCAACAACAAACAACAAACAAACAAACAAUAAAAUGAAAUAAACAAAAUGACAAGUAAACUACACCAACACCAACGACAAGAAUCAUGAUACCAACCAACCAACCCAACAACCCACAAAAAAGGAGAAAACUUGAAAUACCGAACUGAAGCAAGUCCCUUUCCACCCUCUCCCUAUGGCAGUAGAACACUUGUGUCGCUUCAAAAAUGAAAAAAAAAAGAAACACUGCAUCAGUUAUAGAAGAAGAAGAAAAAAACAAACAAAUAUCCUGACCAAUAUAUUGUUUUAUUUUAUUAUUACUAUAAUUAUUAUUUUAUGUGCGGAUAUUGACACAGUUGCCUGCUGGGGAAGGGGAGAAGGUCCUGUAGCUAUUCUGUGUACAUAAGAAGAAAAAAAAAAAACGAAAGAAACUCCCUUUUUUGUGUCAAAGACGACAAAAAUGCGUUGAAAAAUCAAGGCAAUCAGGAGCGGGAUGGAGAGGAGGGAUGGACACAGGACCCUCUUUCUCCUGCCCACACCAAGGCCAGUGCUGCAAUCACUUUUUCUUUUCUCUCUUUCUCCUCUCUCAUCCCCCUCUCUCUCUUUAUCUCUCUUCUCUCCACCCUUCCUCUCCACCGCCACCACCCUCCUCUUCCUCCCUCGUUCCCCUCUCCUCUUGACUGUGAAUGCUUCUCGUGCUGUCUACAGGCUGCCGCCCCCUGGUUCCUAGGGGCCGUGGACAGUGCUGUGUGCUCAGCUGUGGGGAGCAGCCUGUGUAAAGGGGGCCCACGGUGUGGUCAUGCUAUCCCUUACCCAGUCCCUUCUACGCCCCACCCCCCCAAAACCCAGCCAUCUUUCUUCCCGUAUCCCAACCCCCCCAAAAACCCAGCCAUCCUUAUUCCCUUAUCCCACCCCCCCAAAAACCCAGCCAUCCUUACCCCACCCCAAACCCACCACCUGGACGCAACCAUCCCACUCCCCUUACACCCACCACCACCACUACUAUCUGGCCCAUCCUAUACCCCCCAUGACCCGGCAAUCCCUAUACCCCACCUCACCACCACCUGGCUGUCCCUGUUCCCUUAUCCCCACCAAACAACCCCACCAACCUCCACCACCUGAUGGCUAUCAUCCCACUUCCCGGCCAUCCCUAUUCCUAUCCCACCUCACCACCCCAUUCCUGCCAUGCCAUACCAUACCUACCCAGCUCAACCACCUCCCGCGCCCCCAUACCACCCACCUUCUCCCAAUCCCAUCCACCUCUCCCCCCACUGUGUAUAACGUUAAAUUAUGCAGAAAAAAAAGAAAAGAAAAAAAGGCAUCCCAUGUAAUUGUCAAUGUUUUUUUUAUCCUAAGAUAAUAAAAAAAAUCUAAUACACGAAACAGCAGGGAAACAGUGUUUGCAAUAAUGUCAACACUCGAGACAUUUAAAGGACAACAUGGUGUGCAUGCUAUUUGAAUUACGUGUCCAUGUUUUAAUAAAAGCUAUACAACUGUUGUUUUUAUCUACAAGGGUUAGAACAGGAAGACGGAUAACAGGUUGAACGCCAAGCUAAGACACUUCACACGCCUUUUGACAUUGAACAAAUGACCAAAUUCAAACGGAAGUGCUCCCUCGCAACCUGUCAGGAGCUUGGCUCUGAAAGACUUGUAGUGGAUGUUGAACCAAGUUGAGAAAGCACCUCGUAUAUGACGACACCUCUGACCAAAUCAUGUAAUAAACUGUUUGACCAAGUUCUGGUAAAAUAC